GAUUCUCUAAAUCGAACCAGGGGGUCGGGGUGCAUGGUGUGCCUAUAUAUUAGUUGAUCAAAUCUUCUGUCUUCAUUCAUUAGUUACUGCAGAGCCAGCCCGAGGGAGAUUAGCACCGCUCAAUUCAAUUCUAAAAAAGAAACUCAAAUAUGGCUGCGGAGCUUCCCAUUCUCAAGGAUGCGCAGUUGCGCCGGCUGGCUGAGCUAAUUUACCGCCAAGAAGCACAGGCCAUACAAAACAUCCAAUUCGGUUCCGAACCCGAGCGCGUCAAAUACCUCCGCACCAGCAGAAGCAAUUACGAGGCGGCUCUGGCCCUCCUCGACGCCGGCGCCGACUUGGUGAAGGGCGAGUCCGUUGCCGCAGCCGACAAAGACGACCGCCGGUCCUCGACCGCUCGCGACGUCUACGAUUACAUUGUGUACUGCGUCCACCUCGCACUGGAGGGCAUCUCGAACUGCACGGUGAGAAGCUGCUACCUCAGCAAAAUAAAAGAACACGCGGAUGAACUGAUUACGACUCUGAGGGAGAUGCACCCCAAAGAUGUUACCAAAAUCGCUAAAAUGGCCGACGAUGCGGCUCAGUACAGGAACGAGAUGUUGGAGUAUUUCAGGAGCUGGCAAAGCCCCGCGUCACGCAGCUUCUCAAAAUAUCUCAAGCAAUCCGGCAAGACCUUUGAGCAACUCGUCACUAUUUACCAGGGAGAACUGAAUUUUGCGGGGGAGUUCAAGAACCUGUCGGAAGCGCAAAAGCUAGAAGUGUACAACAAAAUAAUUGAGAAGUCCAAGCGCGGAAGACCUUCCGUCAACAUUGGGGCAAGGAUCGCCGGGAGCGUCGGAUUAGCCGUGCUGCUCUUCACCGCCGGCGUAAUGGUGUGGGACAUAUUCUCGUCGGAGCACGAGAUUCCGAAGGCGGUCCACGACGUCGUGGUGACGACGGCAUCGGUGGGCGGAGCGAUGCUUGGACAGCUUAUUGGGACGACGUUGGCGCGUAACGUACUGGUCGGCGUCCAGGCAAUGGAGCUGUUCGUGGCGUUGACCGGACUAAUCACCGGCAUAUUAGGGGCAUUCAUCAUCGGCGAAUUCGCAGGCUGGUUGAUCGAUUUGAUCAUCGGGUCGGCCAGCUCCGUCCCCUUUAGCACCGACGGCCUCAAGUGUUACGUCGCACCAAUGCCCGACGGCAUCGCCCUCGCCCGCCAGAUUCUGCACCAGGAGGAGCUCAAGACAAGUGAAAAAUACGUUUAAAAAAGUAAUAAAAUAAAAUUGUGUACGUCUGACAUCGAUCUCCCGGGAAGUCUAUUAUGGGUGUUGGAUUAUAAUAAAGCUAUAAGCUACUGUCCCCACAAUUAUAUAACAUGUCUGUCUGUUUACUUGUCCAUGCACUUAUUAUAUAAUGUCUGUGUACUGCUAUUUAAAUGGGAAUAUAUAUAUAUAUAUAUAUAUA